AUGGCCGAACAAAUCGUCGAGGAGAUGCUCGAGUGGCUCGUUGACUCCAACGAAGCUUUCAACCUAAAUCUCGUGCGCGCCGCCAGUGGCCAAGACGUCUUCGAAGAGCCUUUCAAUCCGGCUUUUACAUACCCCAUUUUCGGCGAGGAAGAGAAGAUCUUUGGCUACAAGGACCUCGAGCUCGACCUCCGCUUCCGCGCGCACGACCUCAAGCCUUCGUUUAGCAUUCAGCAUGGAGAAAAGUUCAAGGGCGUUGGAAAGACCCAGGCUAUGGACCUGAAGGCUAUGCUGAAGGAUUUCCUCUUGCCUGAGGUCCUCAAUGGUGACAGCUCGGCUGAGAACGGUUCCGCGGAUGGCUCGGAUAGCAAGUGGUCUCCCCCGGGGAAGCUCAUCAAGAAGUACACGCAACACGGCAGGAACUUCGAAAUCCGGUUCGGCAGCCUGACCGAUCCUGCUCUCAAGCAGAUCUUAGAGAACGCGCAGGUUCUCGUACCGUUGUUCAUCGAGGGUGGAACUCUGCAGGAUUUGAAGGAUGAGCAGUGGACAAUGGAGCGCUGGAAGCUUUUCCUGCUCUACGAGGUCACGCCUCUGGAAGACGACGAAACUUCGACGCCCUACACAUUCGUUGGUUUCGCUACCUCGUACCGCCUCUGGGUGUUCCCCACCAAGGAGAUACUCGCCCUCACCCAUGACACACCUGCCGCCCAUGCGGCAGAAAAGGAUCCUGUGACGGGGGUUUUCCUUGGCAAUUACAGCCCGCUCGAUGCCCCCUCGCGCGAGCGCAUCUCGCAAUUCAUCAUCAUUCCGCCCUUCCAGGGCCAAGGUCACGGAAGCCAUCUCUACAACUCGAUGAUGACCAUGUUCCUGAACGACAAGAACGUCUUCGAGGUCACGGUAGAGGAUCCGAACGAGGCGUUCGACGACAUGCGCGAUUGGUGCGACCUUGCACGUCUCCGCCAAAACCCGACAUUCGCGAACAUGACCAUUGCGGACAGCGUUCCCGCGGAGGCGUUGGCUCCUGAUGCAGAGUCGCCAUCUUCCCUUCUGCUCCCGCAGGAUGAGCUCAUCAAGAUCCGUCACGCAGCAAAGAUUGUGCCCAGACAGUUCCAUCGUCUUGUCGAGAUGCACACACUCAGCCAGAUUCCCGCGAACAACCGCAAGCUGGCCCGCAUCACGCGGAAGCACAAAGCAGCAGAUGCCAACGACCGUCGCUACUACUUCUGGAGGCACCUGACCAAGGAGAGGCUUUACAAUCACAACAGAGACCAGCUCAUGCAGGUCGACGAGAGUGAGCGGGUAGAAAAGAUCGAGGCGGCUCUCCCAGGACUGGAGGCCUCUUACGAAAGAAUCAUCCAGAGGGCCGAAAAAAGGCCAAUCACAACCGGCGAAGGAUCUGGGAAGACGGUUCCGACCAAGAGGAAGUACAUUAUCUCAGAUGACGAGGACGACGUGGAUGACGAGGAUGACGAUGAUGAGGCAGAGACAAAUCCCAAGAAGGCGAAGCUUGACGACGAGUGA